AAGGAAACUAACAUCUGUUAAAUCUCCACCAUAGCUGGGACUCUUUCUUGCUUGUAAUAUGAUAUUUUUGCUGUAGCAGCCCUACUUGUGCUUGGAUUUUAGUACAGGUUUUCCAAAAAACCUUAAAUGACACAAACAACCACCUAAAAUUGUGCAGAAGAAAGUGACUACUUUUUCAAGUAUUUCUGAGGACAGAUUUAUAAACUUGUGAAAAAUUCCAUGGAGGGCAUACAAGAGAGCAUUUAUACACUCCUUUUCUUUGAAUCUGCAGAAUAAGCAUAAAACAAGAAUUCAGUAGAAAACCAAACUCCCCCAACAAGAAGAAUCAUCUGCCUGUGGAUAAAUAUUGGACUUAAAGAGCGAAUCAUUACAAAGAACUUUGGGAUGAACAGAGAGAAUUAAAUAGUUUUCUAGGAUUUGAGAAAACUUCAGUAAAUUACUUUUCUGCCUUCUCUGAGAAUGUGAGCAGGCGUUUAUAAUACACGUUUCCUGUAAAGAUAAGAGGACACCUCCCCACACACACACACACACCUCAAGAGACAACGUACAUACAGGAGCUGCUUUGGUUGGCUAGGGUUUUUCUUGUGAUACUCCACCCACUCUGGCUUCUCCAGGUGGGUGUGGGCGACCAUCACCCACAAAGAACUGAGAUAAAGUUCAUUGUUGGAUAGUGAACCUGCUGCUGCUGCUGCUGCUAACGGCUGGGAGCUUGCUGACAAAAUGAUGGAAGAAAUCUCCAUAGUGGUGGCCUACAAUUCCCAUAUUUUUAGCCAGCUGCAUGAUGAAGAUUUUCUGGCCAGUCUGGUGGCAAUCAGCAAACCCAAAUCUGUGGUGCCCGCAAAGAAACUGAAGAAAUAUGAGAGAGAGUAUCAGACAAUGCGAGAGAGUCAGCUGCAGCAGGAAGACCCAAUGGACAGAUACAAGAGGGAGAACCGCAGGCUCCAGGAAGCCAGCAUGCGGCUGGAACAGGAGAAUGAUGACCUUGCCCACGAACUUGUAACGAGCAAAAUAGCCCUCCGAAAUGACUUGGACCAGGCUGAAGACAAGGCAGAUGUUCUGAACAAGGAGCUUCUCCUGACUAAACAGAAACUAGUGGAGACUGAGGAAGAAAAGCGGAAGCAAGAAGAAGAAACUGCCCAGCUGAAGGAAAUCUUCAGGAAACAACUAGAGAAGGCGGAAUCUGAAAUAAAGAAAACCACUGCCAUUAUUGCGGAAUAUAAACAAAUUUGUUCCCAGCUGAGUAACAGGCUGGAGAAACAACAGACAGCAAGUAAGGAGGAACUGGAGGUUGUGAAGGGUAAAGUGAUGGCUUGCAAACACUGCAGUGAGAUUUUCAGUAAGGAAGGAGCACUGAAGCUGGCUGCUAUAAGCAGAGAGACCCAGGGAAUAGAAAGAGAUGAGGAGAAGGAUGCGCUCAAGAAGCAGCUGAGGGAGAUGGAACUGGAACUGGCACAGACCAAAUUGCAGCUUGUGGAAGCAAAGUGCAAAAUUCAGGAGCUGGAGCACCAGAGAGGAACCCUUAUGAAUGAAAUCCAAGCUGCCAAAAACUCUUGGUUUAGCAAAACCCUGAACUCUAUCAAAACAGCCGCGAGCACACAGCCAGCACAGCAACCUCCACCAUCCCAGCCACCCAAAGACAGCAGUACAUAGUUCCAGUCAGACCCCAGGCACAAGAGCACAAAGAACAAAGGGUUUCCUCUUGGGGAAAGGACAAAAGACAGGAAUGCAGGCAUUGAAGUGAAAUCCUUCAGUGUCUUUACUCAUUCUGGUGACCUGUUCCAAAGGGAAGUUUAUUUAAAGAAUCCAAUUUUAUGUUGAAUACUUAUUUCCCACCUGCCUUCCUGAAAACCAGGUUCCAAUACCUUCAUCCUUUUACACUUUAUUUUAUAUGCUUAGAUGUUGAGAUGGAUAAUAAAUCAAAACUAAGUGUUCAGUAUGUGAACUAAUUAUAACUACACUAAUUUUUAUCUUGCAUAAAACAGAUGUUUUCUUUUUGGGAAAGAAGGAGGGCAGCAUAAAGUACUGAAGCAUAAAUCUUGUCAAAGAAAGCACAGUAUAAUGCUAGGCUCUAUACUCAUACCAUGGGAUCAUCUCAAGUUUACAGUGGCGAAUGCAUCCUGCAGAGAAGCAUUUCCCAUUCAUUGUAAAUCUUAAGUCACAGCCAAAAUAGAUUUAUGCACUCUCUGGCAUAGCACAAGUGUUUAUAAUCUUCCCUGUGAAUAUUCUGUGUUUGAUUUUGGCAAUUAGUUUCCUGCACAAAUUCAAGGAGCCCAGGUCUUCCAGGUGCUGAGUGGCAGCACUGUUUAAUUCUUGUGCAUCGCACCUGAACUGGAAUUUAAAGUGAAAUCUUCUAGUUCCCUUCUUAUUCAGUUUUAUUUUCAGAACUGGAGAAAUGAUUCCCUCCAUUAGAACAAAGGGAAGGCUAUAUUACUUUGGGGGGGGGGGGCAAUAAGUAGAUUUGAAAUCUUCCUUAGUUUUGACAUUCUACUACCCCGUGCACUAAAAGCUAUUUUUUUCAGUGUAAAGUUGGUGGAAAUAUUUUCACAUGAAACAUUGGGCCAAGGUUUAAGCAUUGGACUUGGCACAAAAAUGGAAGCAUCAAAUCAAAAAGCUCUUUGCACAGGAGAAACAAACAUCAUGGAAAAAUCUAUUUGCUUUUGACACUCUCUUAGGGAACUCUAAGUUGCUGUUUUGUUUUUUUUUUAAAGGACAAAAUAUUAGAAAUGCAAGAUAAUAGACUUUACUCAUGAGGUAAACUUUACUGAUGAUUAUUCCUUAGUCUGUCUGGAAACAGGAUUGUCUUGUUUUAUAUCUCUAAGUUGUAGAAGUGCAAAAGCAGUUGUGACUUUUUUGAUUGAACAUAAAUGUUUAUAGAAAUACUUAUUUCAUGAAAAAUUUAACUACUGCUUAAACUGAUGGAAAUAUUUUUAAAUUAUAUUUAACACGUCUAUAAGAAGGUCUCACAGAUAAAUAUUGUUGCUGGACAAGAGGUUAGUUGUGUAUUAAGUUUCCCUAUGUUAUAAAACGUUCCAGGGACAUUAGCCCUGUUUUGAUUUUAACUUUAAUGUAAUAUCUUAUCAGUUCUGUACAAUAAAGUUUGAUACUCACAUCCUGCUUCAUUUUCAAGCAUAUUUUCAGAAGAUUUUCACAUAUAGUACAAGUUUAACAUUUACCCUGUGCCAAAUGAGACAUUUUGAAGAGCAGUCAGCUGUUUGAAAUAGAUAUCCAAAUGUAGUCACUAUCCUUAGGCAACGAAAGGCCUGCAAUUUGGUGAGGUAAGUUCUUUUUUUUUUCUAAGAACAGCGCUGAAUAAAGAGUUACGUUCCUCUUGUUAGAAUGGCUUGUAAACUUACCUGGAAGAACAAUGUUUUGUCUAGAUGUUGUUACAGAGCAGAACGAAAAUAAGAGGAAGAGGGUCCUUCAAAUGGAAACCGAAUUUUGGCAUACUUUCCAUAAUCAGCUUAGUGCUAUUAAUAUUUAUCUGAAUACAGACCAAUGUUCCUGUCCAGUGGAAUUACUAAUUUCAGCAUUGAGAUGUCACUGGCAAGUGAAUUGAACUAAGUUAUGUAAUAAACUGGAGGUGAGAAUUAUAUACAAUUAAAUACAUUAGGAUAAUUAAUUUAUUGUAAUACCUAAAGUACUGUGCUCACAGCCAACAUUGUUCCUGUAUCAAACCACCAGUUUUGUCCAAAUUUCUCAUUUAAAUGCCAAUCCUUUAAUUUAAAUCAUGCCUACAGGUUGAUUUAUACUGUUUUCCAAACGAGGUCUUCAGUGCAGUAUAAACAGAAAACUGAAUUUAAAAUGGCACUUUUUGGCAUGUCUCCACUCACAAAAAUGUUUGCUACCUGUAAGCCAUGCUGAGCCCUGACAGUUAUUGGAGAGGAAAUUGGAUUCUAUUUUGCCUUCACAUGAUAGCAAUAAAAUUAUUGGUCAAGUGCUGAUGACAGAUUCUUCACUCCUGGUAAUGAUCCAAGAGGCUUGAUUCCCCCCGCCCCCCCAAAAUCCCAGGUUUUGAGUGUCUAUCACCUCUAAUUAGAAGAAUGAAUAAUAUUUGACUUUAAAAACUAUAAAUCUUGUUCGGAAUCUGUGAAAGAACAAAUAAAAUAGCUCAAUGUCAUUUUCAAAAUCACUUUCCUGACUGUAAUGACAGUGAUACUCAAUAACAUGGAAAGCUAACAAGACUGUAGGGUUACAAGAUAGGAGGUAAAAUCCUGGCUGUAUUUACAAAUAACCUAACAUUGUCAUAAGGAUAAAAAAAAAAA